AUGCACCAAUCAUCGUCCUGCCUCAGGCAUUUCGGGUUCAAGGUCCAAGCCUGGGCCCCGGCCCGCCGAAUGGAUGCUGAGCAAUCCACCACCACCACCUGCUGCCAUCGUCACCUCUACCACCACGGCCUCCGGUCUCAGUGGCAUUACCCCCGAUCCAUCUCCUCGUCCUCAGCCUGCCGCUUCGCCAACAUCAUCUCCAUCCUCAAGUUCACAUCACGCCAUUGA